GUCCCCUGUGGAGAGGUGGCCUUUAUCUGUCAGCUCUGACAAAUAAACUCUCGUGUGAUCUCGGCCUGGUCUCUGUCUUUCAUCUCUCGCUCCUCGCUUUCCCUUCAGGCCUCAUUAUUGGAUUGGCAUCAGGGACAAGGACCAACUUUUGGCAGCAAUUCUGUGGCUCCCUUUCUGGUGUGUUAUGCAGGUAACGACCCCAUCCAGCAGGUGUGAGAAAACACCCGGCGAGCACAGGUGUUGGGUGUCAAAGAUGCCAGAACUUGUCACUUCCAAAUCCUUGGCCUGUCGUGACGAUGGAUUGGAACAGAACCUCUCCCCUCCCUAUCUCCGGGGAAACAGGAUCACCUUUCUUCCCCAUCUAGACAGUUCUGUGUCCUUGAUCACACACCCACCACAGGAUGGAAGGAAUCCAGACUUUGGAGAUGGCACCGGAAGAGCUCAGAAAUGACUCUCCCAAAUUGACAGUGGAAUGACGACUCCAGCAGAGAACACGGGGAAUGUAGCCAUUGAGUCACCUCUUCCUGCUGAUGGGCAGAAUGACAGCCUCCGGGACAGGAGUCCCCUGUGCUUCUUCUUCACUAGCAAAGCCAUCGACCUUCCUUUGCCUUUUUCUCCAAACCAUGUCCUUAUUAUUGGCUCGGCCUUGGGGACAAGGACGAGUUUUCAGCAACAAUUCGUGAGGAUCGAGAUGACCACAGCCACCACUCUGGGAGAUGCCACCUUCUUCUUGAACAUGACCACCAGGGGAGAAGACUUCCUGUACAAGAGUUCUGGAGCCAUCGUCGCCGCCAUCGUGGUGGUUGUCAUCGUCAUCUUCACCGUGGUUCUGAUCCUGCUGAAGAUGUACAACAGGAAGAUGAGGAUCAGGCGGGAGCUGGAGCCCAAGAGCCCCAAGCCGGCUGCCCCUUCUGCCCUGAACCCAAACAGCAGCAGCAGCCAGCAGCCCGCAGCGGCGACCUUCGGCCCGGCUGAUGUCCACGUGGAGACCCGGUGACCCCUGCCCAGGGAGCUCUCUGCAGAGCGGAGACCCAGCAGCGCACUUCUCCGGCGGCUUUGCCACGAGUCCCUCCGGUCGGGUGGACAGAGGCAUCUUCCACGCAUCCCUGCGGCUUCAGGGGGUCCUUAACCUCAUUCUGGCCUGACCCAGCCCACCCGCGCCCACGUCCCCGCUGCCACUCUCCCGAAAGCUGUGCAAGGUUUUUGUGUCAUCUGAUGAGGUGGCCCUACACUGAGGACCCAUGGAUGGGGGUUUGGCCUUCUGCCCACAAACACAUUAGCUAGACAGACAGACAGACAGGCAGACAGGUAGUCCUGACUCUUCUGGUCAGGAGUCAUGGGUCAAGGAGUGCUUCUGAGAGUGUCCCGGAGUCUUCUCAGAUGAAGUGCCCUGGGCACAGCUUUGCAGAGCAAAACACUGAAUCCCCUCAUCAGGCACAGGGGGACUAACCUGGACUAACUAACCAGAAAACCAACUUGUUAAUUUAUAACCUGUUCCAGGACUGGGUGACCGCUAGCUUGCUAGCUCAUGACGAUUGGUCAGCACAUUUCCCCCCCUUUAAAGUUAAAAAGAAAACGGAAUUCUUCUCAAAA